UGUGGAAAUAAAUAAAUAUGCGUGCUCAUCUAAAUAUUUUGCUAGCAUAUAUACGUACAUUACUGCAAGAUUCAUAGUUAUCGACCAAUUUGGCUCUGUUAGUUUCAACUCAAACAAGUCUCAGUCAGUGGGUUUCCAAUAUUUUACUAGAUCUUCAAACUUUGAUUGUGUCGACAAUGAAGUUAACAUCGGUGGGAGCACUUGUUGUGGGAUUUUGGGGCGUGUCAAUAGGAAUGACCGUCAGCACCACGAGAGGAAUCAACUCGUCCAUCACGUCUACGAGCAGAGGAGGCAUUGGUGAUAAUCGACCGGGUCAAAGUAGCACCACGACCACGGAGAGGAUGCUGCUCUUUGAACUCAAGAACGGGACAAAAAUGGGCUCCAUGUCACUGUUGGCGACCACGCAGAUGAAGAUGAUGAUGAGCACCAGCACGGAACGGAUGAAAACGGGGUCGCCGCCAAUGUCUGGUCCGAGGGGAAAUUACAAGGCAGCCACUGAAGGGUCCGAGGCAGGGGUCACAGAGUCUGUACCUCGAAACGGAGGUAGAGGUUGCGCAGGGUCUCGUUUCCUCCCAAAAUCCAUGUCGGAGAACAUCACCAAGGACUGCAUCGACUUGAUUGGUUUUCGAAUGGAGAAUUUCCCCCCAAAGGAGGAGGACUUGGUCAAGGUCAACUACGAGGACAAGUGCUUCAGCAAAUGCUAUUUGACCGAGUUGCAUUAUAUGACGGAGGCUGACAACUUGGAUCCCAAACGGAUAUUCGAUGAUAUCAGGCAAGAGACACCUCAGGAAAAGUGGCCAGCACGCCACGAUGCCAUCAAGGACUGUAUCAAACACACAGAGGACAUGGCGUCGGUUGAGGGUGGCGUGUCGAACUCGCCCUGUAAAUAUGCUCUCGUCUUCUUCGUAUGUGCCCGUGAGUCGGAACGACGGAUUAUUUGCUGAAGGAUUGACUUUACAAGCUGGCGUAUAUACUUAUUUACGUUGUUUCAUUUUUUAUUAAGAAUUUCCUAAAUAUAUGUAAUACAUUUCCUAACCUCUGCAA